AUGUUGGUGACUUCCCGCAGGCCGGGGGUCUGCCUCUUCCUUCCGCAGACUGCUGCUGCUGCUGCCGAAGCGCAAGAAGCACCGAGAGAACAUCAUGGGAGUGGAAAUCGAGACCUUGACCCCAGGCGACGGAAGGACGUUCCCGAAGAAGGGGCAACGCGUCGUGGUGCAUUAUGUUGGGACUCUGGCGGAUGGGAAGGUGUUUGACUCUUCCAGAUCUCGAGGAAAACCGUUCAAAUUUAAGAUUGGCCACCAGGAAGUUAUUCGUGGCUGGGAAGAAGGAGUAGCUCAGAUGAGUGUGGGUCAGCGGGCGAAGCUCAUCUGCUCACCGGACUAUGCGUACGGCAGUAAAGGUCACCCUGGGGUCAUCCCACCAAAUGCCACUCUGACCUUUGAUGUGGAGCUACUUGGUCUCGAGGCCUGAAACUUGUGCAACUUGGUUGUUUAACGUCUCUCAGAUUUUCAGGGUCGAGUCCUUUCUCGGGAACACGGUAACAAAACGCCCACGGCUGACAGCUGGUUCUGAUUCCUGCAUAGGACUUAUGUUUAUGAUUUCACAAAGUGUAAUAUGUCAUUUGCUGUAAAACUUUAUUCCUCAUAUUUCGGUUUUGGUGGAAACUAUAAGCUAAUUGUAAGUCAUUAGGCCAUCCUGGUGUUUUCCUGUUAUUACAUUUUUAUUAUUUUGGAACAUGAACAGGGAUUUUUUUUUUUUAAGUAUUUUUUAUCUUAUGAGCUCCUGCUACAAGUAUCAUGUUCUAGAUAACUUUCCCUGCUGAGUUUCUCAUUCCUGCCUUUAUAUUCUGUUGUUCUGAUUGCUGGUGAUAGUCCAGAAUUAGCUGUCAUUUCUUUUAUGAAUAACCUUAUUAAUGCUUGUUGGUGGGAAAAAUGCUGCUUGUCAUCAAAGUUUCAUAGCAUGUUUUAAUUGGUGUCAACGUUACACCAAAUCCAUUUUUAACUCUUCUUGAUCAGGAAUUUCUUUUUCUGGAUUUUACCUUGAACAGUCGUCACAACACAUUUGUGAUUGCAUCAACAGUGUGUUUUGUGACUCAUUAAGUAUUUAGUGAAUUUACACAAUGGGUUUACGAUGAAUUGUACAUUUUCUAAUAGGAAACAGGGUGUUUUUGAUAUUCCCAACUGUUUUAUGAUGUUACAAAUAACUAUAGGGGAAAAAAAUCCAAAAUAUGAUAAACUAAAAGCCAAACUAAAUCAACUUUUUUUUUUUUUUUACAUUUUUAAAGUUUCUCUAGUUUAAAAAUGUUUAGUGCUGAGGCUUUUAUUGCAGUUUUGACAUCUGUUGCAUAACUUUUUUGAAAGCUGAAGCAUAGACGGUCAGUUUUUACCUAAAGCUUUGCACAAAUCUAUUGCCUGAUGGGGGGAAAACAGAAAAAAUGUCAGCUUUCUUUACCAACAUGCUUAUUUUCUUCAUACAUUCAUGUGUUUACCUACUUACCAAAUGUUCAGCCUUAAAAUCGAGUUUUGGAUCUCUAUGAUGUAAAUAAACAGUAUAACACAAA